UUGUUUUACAAGUGGCAGAACACUUUUCACCAUGACAAGUUUGCUUUUUUUCAGAUUCGCACAACUCCACUAAUGAUUUGGGCUCCCCCAGGCUCUCGCGUGAAAGUUCGCGAGUGUAGGAAAGGCUCGCGCGGAGCCGUUGGCCGUUGGCAGGCCGUGCGUGCACUUGCGGCGGGCGACAAAGCAACUGACCUGCGACUUUUACCAGGGCUCCUGAAAGAUACAUCUUGCCCAUCAAGGUAAUGUUCAGGUGUAGAAUGUAAGGAUCCCUGUUUACCUUUCCAGAUCCGACCACUUUGAAGGUUGGGUGCGUGAACCCGCCUGGUGAACCUAAACGACCCAUUUCAGUUUUCUUGACUCAAACGCGGGGGGUUUUGAGCUUGUUUCUCAGUGAAACCACCUGGUGAACCUAACAGACUUGAGGGGUUUAACCAGCUCCAAGGCAAAGGUGGCCGACAUCAACCUCCUCAGUCCUGCAGGGCAGCUGGCGAUGACGGAGCCCUCCCUUGCCCUGGAGCGUUUUUACGAAGGACAGUCGGAGACCUGCGAGGAGUUCGCGCUGAGCGUGGAUGAAUGGAUGCUGCUGAUGACGGAGACCACACGCUUGGGCGGCCUGGCCCAGUCCUUCGCCCGGGCCUUCGCGCGCUGGGAGCGCAUGCAGACCACCGCGGAGCAGGAGAGCUUCGAGGCGCAGCGUGGGGAGCUCACUUCGUCCUUGGAGCGGCUGAUGCUUGGCUCCGAUCAGCCGCCUUUGCCCGUGCAGCCGAGCCAGGAGCUCUUCAGGCGCAUGGCAGAGGUGGUGCAGCCGGCUGUGGCCGCUUUGCGGGGGGCGACGAGCCUGGCAGAGGCGAUCAGCCGCAUGGGCGCCCUCGAGGAUGUGAUGAAGGCCCUGCUGCAGACGUACGCGGAUGAAGUGCUGAAGCAAGAGCCAUCCUUUCCAGCGCAAAGAGUUCAAGUGGCGAUGUGGCAGUCUGUGCUGGCUCAAACGGCCUACAAAGAGGCGCUGCUGGCGACGUACAAACUUACCGGCACCAGCGACAUGCAGUCGACGAUGAAUCAGUUCGAGACGGCCCAGAUCCAGCUGAAGGACGGGGGUGGGCCAGUGCCCAGAGCCAUCAUGCUGGAGCGCAGGGAUCUGCUCACCCAGUGGGAGGCCGUGCAGCUGUCCUGGGCCAGGUUCAAAGGAGUUCUGAUACAAGGCAGCAGCCAACUGGACAUGGAAGCAGCUUUGCAGGAUUUGUUGGCCGACUUGGAUGCGGCAGCUGCUUUGUUUGCCAUUCCUGACGUGCGGGCAACCGACACAGCUCCCUGGGUAUUUGCUGCCGCCUACGGCACGACCGGCUGUUUAGUGCUGGCAUGUUGUGGAGCCGGGAUCAUGAUCGCAAGAGCCAAGUUGAGGAAUGAGAGGGCCUCCCGACAAGCCCAGGACCCAACGAAAGUUUGACAUGCCGCUGUUUUUGUUCAACGUUUCUCCC